ACACGGUCUAGCCAAAAGCGAAUACGAGACUGCAUCGAGUGCCGAUGAUCAUCCAGGGAAAUAUUCGGUGUACGUUAUGCUUUCUCAGUCUGUAUCGAGCUCACCGUUGAAGUAACAGCGAUUGACUGUAACUGGUCACUCUUGAACUAGUGAUUGUGCUUUAAUAUCGUCUCGUUCCUACAUUGUUUACUUGCAACCAGUCGUUAUUUCGAAUAAAGCGUGAGCUUGACGAAAUUUCUUUCAUUCCUGGAAAGAUUAAAAAGGAGAUCAUGGCAGAAACAAAAGUGGAAGAGAUUCCUGAUAGAAUAGCGGAAUCUUUCAAAGGUCAGAACAUCCUAAUUACCGGUGGUACUGGUUUCCUGGGUAAAGUCGUUGUUGAAAAAUUUCUCAGAUGUUUACCAAAUACACAACAAAUUUAUAUGCUAAUCAGACCCAAGAAGGGAAAAGAUCCAAAACAUCGUCUAGAGGAAAUGUUCGACUCACCGCUUUUUGAAAAAGUUAAGAAACAAAGAGGGGCAGAAACACUUAAAAAAUCUGUAACUGUUAUACACGGAGAUGUUUCGCUAGUUGGACUCGGACUUUCCUCAGAAGACAGAAAGGUGCUCUGUGAAAAGAUUAACAUUGUAUACCAUGCAGCUGCCACAGUACGAUUCGAUGAAUUGUUGAAAAAAGCAGUACUAUUGAAUACACGUGGUACAAAGCAAAUGUUGGAAUUAGCCAGAGAGAUGAAGCAUUUAAAAUUGUUUGCACACAUUAGUACCUCAUAUUGUCAUCUUGAAGAAAAGGUUUUAGGAGAAAAACCAUAUCCACCACCUGCAGAUCCUCUUAAAAUAAUCAAAUGCGUGGAAUGGAUGGAUAAUGAUGUAGUUGAAGCAAUGACAGAUAAAAUUUUAGGACGUAUUCCCAAUACGUAUGCCUUUACUAAAGCAUUGUCAGAAAGCCUUGUAGAAGAAGCAAUGCCACACAUCCCAGCAAUUAUAUUGAGACCAAGCAUAGUCAUACCUGUAUGGAAAGAACCAUUACCAGGAUGGACGGAUAAUAUCAAUGGACCAACAGGACUUUUAAUUGGUGCUGGAAAAGGUGUUAUUCGAACAAUGUAUUGUAAUGAUACUGGUUACGCCGAUUAUCUUCCCGUUGAUAUUGCGAUAAAUGGAAUUCUUGCUAGUUCUUGGAAUUUUAUAUAUUGGAAAGAUCAUGAAAAAAGAGUUUACAAUCUUACAAGUAGCAGUGAAUUCAAGGUAUCGUGGGCAGAGAUAAUCGCUAGAGGUCGAAAAAUAACAGAAAAAGUACCUUUAAACGGAGUUGUUUGGUAUCCGGGAGGUAGCAUGAAGAAAUCAAGACUCUUGCAUAAUAUAUGUGUUUUACUAUUCCAUAUGAUACCUGCUUACCUCAUAGAUACACUUAUUUUCCUUGCAGGCUAUAAGCCAAUUAUGUGUCGUGUGCAACGUCGGAUACAAAAAGGUUUCGAAGUUUUCGAAUAUUAUGCUAAUAAUCAAUGGGAUUUUGAAAAUUCAAAUAUGUACGAAGUACGAAGUAAACUGAAUUCUGUGGAAUAUGAAAAUUAUCAAUUACAUGGAGAAGAUAUGGAUAUAGAUGCAUAUUUCGAAACAUGUAUACGAGCAGCAAGAAUUUACAUUCUGAACGAACCACCAGAAACUUUGCCAGCCGCUCGAAGACACUUACGAAUCAUGUAUUGGGUUGAUAUAAUCACAAAGAUACUUUUCUUUGUGUUAUUAAUCUAUAUAUUGGCAUCCUGGAGUGAAAGUUUUAGAGCAUUAUUAAUAAGAAGUUGGUUGUUCACUAUUCGAAUUUUGUCGCACUAAUUACUUACAUUGUCUAGUUUUUAAUAUCGUUAGUACCUUUACAUUUUAAUAUGACCAAAUGAACUAUGGAUUCCUUCUUUUUACCGAUUCUUAGCUUCUUUUGAUAUAAUUAAAUAAUUAUUAAUGAAG